UGCAGAUCAAAACAAGAGGAAAUGAUAGUUAGAGCAAAACAUGUGCAGUGAUUUGUUUUCAUAAAGAUUGCUGGCCGUAUUUUUGAAUCAAAGUGCGCUCCAACGUUCAAGUAACAAUUGGGAUCCUCGUGAUCCAUCGAACGGUCACAAUUUUCCAUGUGAAUAUCUUCAAACUGAUUUAAGCAUACCCAUCAAAAGUUAUUGUGUUUUAUGUUAGUAUAAAUAAAGGAGACAUUGCUCAGUUUCUUGCAGGUCCAGCAGAAAACCACAUUAUACUUGUCAUUCACACUUUGAAUUCUUUUAUCUCCUACUUCUCUUUAUCAUCAUUAUACCUUCCUGUCUACGUGAAGGGAUUAGAAUAGAAAAGAAUAGAAUAAACCACAAUGACUGCUUUGCACAUUUUCUUACUUUAUUCAUGCUAAAAUAUAUAUCUUUUUCCCAUCCAAAGUUCCUCUUGUCAGAAAAAAAUUUCUAUUUAUUCUACUACCUAUCUCUCUGAUCUGAUCAAGACCCACUUCCUAAAAUGCAGAUUCUUUGGUGGGUUUCCAAGCUUUUUUUCCUAUAUUCCAUUUUUCAUGUGUUUUCAAUAUCACUUGCUCAGACAACCCCACUACAGACGCCGGUUUGCUCAGAAGCAGAUAGGGCAGCUCUUCUUGGGUUCAAAGCCAGAAUCCUCCAGGACACUACACAGAUUCUCUCUUCAUGGACCGGGAGAGAUUGCUGUGGAGGAGAUUGGGAGGGUGUUCAGUGCAAUCCUGCUACAGGGAGAGUAACUGAGUUGGCGUUGCAGGGGCCUGAGAGGGACAGCGACCAUUACAUGAGGGGCACACUGUCACCUUCUCUGGCUAGUUUGUCUUUCCUAGAGGUGAUGGUGAUAAGUGGUAUGAAGCAUAUUACUGGUCCUAUUCCAGAAAGCUUCUCGAGUUUGACUCACCUCACACAAAUGAUCCUGGAAGACAAUUCUCUUCAAGGGAACAUUCCUCCUGGCUUCGGCCAUUUGUCCAACCUAAACACCCUCUCACUAAAUGGAAACCAUCUGGCGGGGCAGAUUCCUCCAAGCCUGGGGAAUUUGAGAAAGCUUCAAAUAUUGGGUUUGGCAAGAAAUUCCUUAACAGGUUCUAUCCCAACCACUUUCCAAAAUCUUCUUAGUUUGCAAACUCUUGAGCUUAGUUUCAAUUUGUUGUCUGGUUCGAUUCCAGAUAUUCUGGGCCAGUUUCAAAACCUUACCCUCUUUGAUCUUUCCAAUAACCAAUUGUCAGGGCAGCUACCCAAUUCCAUAUUCAACUUAAGCAAACUUCAGGACUUGUCCUUGGACCAUAACCAGCUGACAGGAAAACUUCCAAACCAGAUUAGUAGCCUCAAAUCCCUUACCCAUCUUUCACUGAGUUCCAACAGGCUUACAGGUCAAAUUCCAGAGUCCAUUUCAAGAUUACAGAACCUCUGGUACAUUAACUUAUCUAGAAAUGCAUUCUUAGACCCUUUACCCGCUGUUCAAGGUAGGGGUCUUCCUUCUUUAUUGUCAAUAGACCUGUCUUACAACAAUCUCAGUCUAGGGACAAUUCCAAAUUGGAUCUUAGACAAGGAACUUUCAGAUGUUCAUCUAGCUGGCUGCAAACUUAGAGGAAGCCUUCCAAAAUUUACAAAACCAGGUUCUUUGAACUCCAUAGACCUCUCAGAUAACUUUUUCACUGGUGGCAUUUCGGGUUUCUUGACCAAUAUGUCUAAUUUGCAAAGACUCAAGCUCUCUACUAACCAAUUAAAGUUUGAUCUUUUAGAGAUCAAACUCCCAGGUGGGAUUUCUUCUGUUCAGCUCCAAACAAAUCAGCUUUCAGGGUCUCUCUCGAGGAUCUUAAACAACAGGACAAGCAGCUUUUUGGAGGUUUUAGAUUUAUCAGGAAAUCAAAUUUCUGGCACGAUUCCAGAAUUCACCGAAGGAUUAAGCAUGAAGGUCCUCAACGUAGGAAGCAAUAAGGUUGCAGGCCGCAUCCCUAGUUCAAUUUCAAACUUGGCUGAACUAGAAAGGUUAGAUAUCUCCAGGAACAAAAUAGUGGGCACCAUUCCAACAAGCCUGGGUCUCGUAUCAAAUCUUCAAUGGCUUGAUAUGUCUAUCAAUGAGCUCACAGGGUCAAUCCCAAGUAGCUUGUUGGGAAUUAAAAAUCUGAAACAUGCAAAUUUCAGAGCCAACAGACUUUGCGGAGAGAUCCCACAAGGGAGGCCAUAUGAUAUCUUCCCUGCAAGUGCCUAUGCUCACAACCAAUGCCUAUGUGGCAAACCUCUGCCACCAUGUAGAGGAAAGAACUACGGGAAAUUGGGCCAGUGAGAUGCUGACUCAAAUUACCAAAGGAUGAAAGCUCAUAUCUAAAGAGCAUUAUCACAUGGAAGGGAAGCAACAUUUUACGUUUUUUGCAACAGUUUAAAUUUUAUUUUAUUUUUUUUCUAAUGCUUACAAUUUCUGUAGUAAAAGUCAAUAAUACAUAAUUAUUGAAGAAACACAAAUUACAAUUAAAAAGUGCCCAUUUUACUCCAAUUUUCCAAUGUAUGACAGCAGAGUAAUGAAACAAGAGUUUGAGGAAAUUUACCA